AAUCAAACCCUAUGGAAACCAUAACACCUAACAGAACUCCAAUCCAUGUUUUGCAUUCCUGUGGACAAAUUAAAACAACCAACAAUCUGGAUCAUAACCACAAACAUCAGUCUAGAAAAUUAAAGAAAAACCAAUGCUUUAAAUGAACAAAAAAUUCAAAAGCUAAUUACACUGUCAUGUUUUCCAUUUCUAUCUUCACGGUCUGAAUCACCCUUAAUUGCAGAUUCUUCCUAGUUUGAAUUCAAAAUUUAUUAUAAUUACAAGUCUGCAACUAUAUAUAUUAAGAAAUGGGAAGUGAUGUGUUAGAGGAACGCAAUGAGGAACUAAAUAGUUAGUAACAAAUGAAAAUUAUAAGU